AUGCAGCCCCAGUCGGAGAAGCCCAAGCGGGCUCCCCGGAAGCACGUCACCACCGCCUGUGUUCCUUGUCGAGAGAGUAAGAUCAGAUGUGACGGGGCUACCCCGAAUUGCCACAACUGCGAGAAGAAAGGAAAGGAUUGCAAAUACCAACACGGUGAUGAUAAGCGGAAAGUGUCUCUCCGCGCUGCCACGGAGCUGUUUUCCGCCAGAAUAGACCAACUAUGCCAAUUCAUCUACGACAGUGGCCUAGAGCCGCCCCCAAUGAAACCUGAGGAUGAGUCGGGCAUGAACAGAGUCCUGGAUACCUUGCAAAUUCCUCGGGGACUAGCAAAAAGGAGAGAUUCAGUGGCAUCUAUUGGACACAAUGCGCCGCCUCACCCAGCAGUCACACAAUCCCCUGACCAGACUUCCCCCAUGCCUCCUCCAGUGAGUCGUCAGACGGGUGUCACCGAGAGUGUGCCUACGGUUUCAUCUCCCUCGCACAGUGUACUUUCUAAUCAGCGAUUCAUACCCCUGACCGAGAAAAGCCAAGAUCCUAUGAACACUCUGGCGAUGAACCCAGGGUUGUCAACUAAUUAUCCUUCGACGCACUGGGGGUUCACUCUGCCAACCGCCGAAAGCCUGGACGCUCUAUACGCUAACAUAGAUGGCGCUUCCAAUCGCUCAAACGAGAACAGUUUGAGCCCAGAUAGCCUGCAGUUCACACCAGAUAUAUCUCAACAACCGGGUGUGUUAUUAGGCCAAGCGUGGAAUGACCGAGACAAUGAUUCCGACAGUGGUGAGGAAGACGAAGCUGAGAAAGAUGUUAUUGAGCAGAUCUCGCAUCGUAUAGGAACAUUGAAGAUUGCUGGAGAUGGGCACCUCAGGUUUUAUGGGGCUACUUCAAAUCUCAACCUGGUAGACGUGUCUGCGACACAACAACGACAGCGUCCGGAUGCACGGACCGUCCGUCAUGAUGGACAAGAUAUUUUGAAUCAUCUGCGGGUCGGGCAGCCUGUUGACCCAGCACUCGAGGACCACCUUGUCGAACUUUACUUUACUUGGCAAAAUCCAAGCACCUACGUGGUCGACAAAGAUAUGUAUAUGGAUGCGAGGAUAAAAUGGAGAAACGAACUGAUAGACACGCCAUUCUACUCGGAAGUCCUUACAAAUGCCAUGUGCGCUAUCGGAAGUGCAUUCGAAGCACGGUAUCAUCCUACCUUUAUCACAUUUCCUAAAUCCCUUUCAGAAUUCUUUGCAGACAGGGCCAAGGCUCUUCUAGAGAUCGAAUUGGACUCUCCCUGUGUCGCUACCGUUCAAGCCCUUGUUAUUCUGAGCUCUCAUGAAGGAUCUUCUAAUCGCGAUGCAAGAGGCUGGCUCUAUAGCGGAAUGUCAAUGAGACUUGCCUUUGAUCUUGGGCUACACCUGGAUACGACGCCUUACGUUGAAAAGGGCGACAUAAGUGCUCAUGAGGCCGACGUGCGUCGAAUCGCAUUCUGGGGAAGCUACACUGCCGACCACUUCUGGGGAUUCUACCUCGGACGGCCAUUCCGAAUGAAUGCAGGGGAUAUUACUAUCCCCAAACCCGCUUCCGACUUGGGUGCUGAGAAAGAAGGCAUGUGGUACCCGUAUGGGUUACCGAUGAAACAGGACGCUUUGGAGAACGGAUUGAAGAACCCGAAUGAAUUGAUUAGCCGACAAUUCGCUGUUCUCUGGGAGAUCAUAUCCCCCGUCGGCCAUAUUCUAUAUGGAUGCUCCGACAUUCCACGGCAUGACCUGCAGAGGCUAUGUCACAGAGUAACAGAUGACCUCUUCGCUUGGAAGGCCAACCUGCCAUCGAACCUGGAUGUUGAUCUUGGAAACGAUGUUGCUCCGAAACUGCCUCAUCUUCUAGUACUCCACAUGCAAUACCACCAAAUCGUCAUAUUCACCCACCGACCCUGGGUCUCCAAAAGCUACAUCCAACCACGCAGUCCGCGCCAAGGCCCCGGCUAUCACCACGCGCGACGAAUGUGCGUCGAGUCAUCGAUCGCAAUCGCACGACUCCUCCACAUCUACGAAAAACACUAUACAUUCCGACGCAUGAACAACCAAGUCGUCGCCAUCAUCUUCAGCGCCGCUCUCAUGCUCCUCUACGUCACCAUCUCCAGCUCCCGACCCGGCGGAGACAGCAGCAGCAGCAACGCCGAGAUGGUCGCUUACCUGAAUCUCUGCUUCCGAGCACUCGACGAAAUCGGCCAAUCAUUCGAAAACGCCAAGCGCACCCGAGACUUCCUGGUUAGUCUGCAACGGCGCUGGCAAGCGCACAUGCGACGCUCUGGGGCGCUCAAGCGCCAAACAAGCCAUCAACUCUCCUCGCAACAACCCAUCGGGCGCAUUCCGGACUCGGAAGCUGCGCGGAAAAAGUCUCGCGUGACUGCACCCAGGAAUCAUGCCGCUAUCCCUAUGUCUUUACCCACUGCGCCGUCUCUGACAGGGGCAGGUCUUUCAUUCAAUCCGCCUCAGUCUCAGCGCGGGCUCGGACCACCGUGUCUUGAUCCUUCUCAGCAAUUGGGUGCAUGUCAGCCUGGGGACCUGGAUUGGAUCCGCGACUCGGAUCUGCAAUUGCUCUCGGAAAAUCUCGGAGAUAGUGGGUUUCCUCCGCCGGGGAACACAACCUCGUAUGGGGACGACCCGGGUCUGCCCAGUUUGGCUGAUAUAGAGCCGUGGUGGGAUUCACCCAAUGUCAAUACGUUUGGGGGGUCGUCGUUAUGA